CGUACUCGUAAAUAGGUACGGAGUAGUCACCCGCUGCUGUAUCACAAUGAUCUAACUCCACAACCACAAUAAAUUCGUCUGUAGUCAAAGGCAUACCUAAUUGGGCAAGAUGAAAAUCAUCAAAUUCAUCUUAGCUCUACCUGCAAUGAUCGAGGGCAGGAUGUUGAUGUAUCUAACUGGGUAUGACUUUUCCAACCCCGACUUGUACUAACCUCCCUUCCAACAAUCUAGCCAGCCGCAGGUAUGACCUAUCAAAGAGCGAAGCAAACGAAUGUCGUAUAUAUUCAAAUUCGACAAAACUGACCCCUCGUUGAUAACAGGCAACAUCAAAAUACUCCAUCUCAUCCACAACUGGUCUCGGAUAUAAGCCAUGUUGCAUUGGCCUUCAUGCGGUCUUCAGUCUUCAACAGGCCCACGAACUCUGAAGCAUUGGCGGGAGUUGACGAAUGGCCAUUAUUUACAACAGUUUCGGAAACGAGAAAGAAAUUUGAAGAAGGAACGAAGAUUCUGGUUGCAAUUGGUGGAUGGGGUGACACUGAUGGGUUUGAAGAAGCAGCUAGUACCGACGAAACGAGAGAAUUAUGGGCUUCAAAUGUAGCAAGAAUGGUGGAAAAUACGGGGGCUGACGGUAAAUUCAUUUCUUCUGUUCUCGUAUUCCUGUCCGAUAUUCUGGUUGAGGUUUGAACCAAUCGAUUGGAUACUCAUGAAGACUGUAUACUGAUAUCUUGAAAAAAAUAAGGUGUAGACAUCGAUUGGGAGUAUCCAGGGUAAGCCAAUUCUCCGUCUACCGAAGAACAAUCUAACAGCCUUAGUGGAAACGGAGAACACUACCUCCAACCAAACCAAACAAACCCCACAAAAGCCUGGCAAAUAACUGCCUACCCCCUCCUCCUCGCUGCCAUCCGCCAGAGACUACCACCCCCAAAACUCAUCACAGCAGCAGUCCCUGGUCUCCCAAGAGACAUGCUAGCCUUCACAAAAUCCACAAUUCCUCUCAUUCUCCCUUCUCUAGAUUUUCUAAACAUCAUGACAUAUGACCUCAUGAACCGUCGUGAUAAUGCUACUAAACACCAUGCUGGGAUCGAAGCCUCCCUUACUUCCCUUGAAGCUUAUUCAUCAUUUGGUAUACCCCCAGAGAAAAUGAAUGGUGGGUUUGCAUUCUAUGUCAAGGGCUUCAGGACCGAAACUACUGAAAUUGGAAGAGCCAAAUGUAAAAGGGCUUGGAAGGAAAAUUCUGGAAUUGGGUGUCCGACAGGUUUAAUGGAAGAUCCAGCUACUGGUGGCGAUCUGGGAAAGACUACCGCGUUCUCUUGGCACGAUACCAUUCCUUCUGAAUUUCAAGUGUCCUUUGGAAGAGCGAAGGAGGGCAGAAAGUGGGAUGAGGUCGGAGGAGGAACUGGUUUCUGGGAUGAAGUUGAAGAUAUGUGGUGGACAUGGGAAGACGAAAAAGCCAUCGAGGACAAAGUGAAAAAGGUAGUGGGAGGCAGAAAAAUCGGCGGGGUGUUCGCUUGGGGACUUGGUGAGGAUGGCGAUGAGUACAGUCAUCUUCAGGCGUUGAGUAGGAGUUAUUGGGAUUUGCCAAAUGCCAGGAAGGAAUCCAGGGACGAGUUGUAA